GGGAGAAGAGGAGGAGGCCAAACCGAAAUUCAAGCCAUUUAUCAUGCCCAACCUCAUCCCUCCUAAGAUCCCAGAUGGAGAGAAGGUGGAUUUUGAUGAUAUACAUCGUAAAAGGAUGGAGAAGGACCUGAUGGAGCUUCAGACUUUGAUCGAGGUUCACUUUGAGAGCAGAAAGAAGGAAGAAGAAGAGCUCAUUAAUCUCACGGAGAGGAUUGAGAAGCGCCGUUCUGAGCGAGCAGAGCAGCACAGAAUCUGCAGUGAGAGAGAGAAAGAGCGACAGAAGCGCCUUGAGGACGAGAGAGCUCGUAAGGAGGACGAGGAGGCCAAGAGGAGAGCAGAGGAUGAAGCUAAGAAGAAGAAAACCCUCACUAGCCUCCACUUUGGAGGUUACAUGCAGAAAUUGACAGAAAAACGGAGUGGUAAGAGGCAGACUGAGAGAGAGAAGAAGAAGAAGAUCCUGAGCGAAAGACGCAAAUCUCUGGACAUCGAGAACAUGAGCCAGGACAGAAUCAAGGAGAAAGCUCAAGAGCUGUGGGAGUGGAUGCACGAGCUGGAGGCAGAGAAGUUUGAACUGCAGUACCAGAUCACCAGACAGAAAUAUGAAAUUAAUGUUUUGAGGAACCGCGUCAGUGACCAUCAGAAAAUAUCCAAGAGGACCAAGAGAGGCCUGAGGAAGUAAUUGCUGAGUGAGGAGUGUAACUAUCAGCCCUUUCCCAAAGCCACCGCCUCAAACCAAUCCAUGGCUUUCCUGCCACACCCCAGUCACACCUGUUUCCACGUAACCUACAGUACAAAUUAUAUCCAGUUUAAA